CAUCACCCUUGAUUAUGAUGAUUAUUUCCAAAUCUUACUCUUUGUUUCCCCCCUGUCAUUCUAAUUUAAUCAUCAGUCCUGUUCCCAGUAUUAUUGAUUCCCUCCUCGCGUGUCGCCCGAUUUGCCCAGAAACCAGCUGAGCUUAGCGUCUUAAUCCCCGACUCGCCUUGUUAUUGUUGACUCCAAACUCCACUUCUUCCCCCCCCCUCCUCUCUCUCCUCUCUCCAAGUCGUCAUCGACUUCUUUCUUUCCCUUCAACGGCCCAGAAGGGAUUUCGGCUUACAACAGGAAACAAAAAAAAGAGGGCUUCGCUCGUUCACCCUCAUUCCUGCUGGAAUUCUAAUUCUUUCGGGUCUAACCUCUUCCACCACUACCAACAAAAAGGAGAUCUCCCCCAGAUUCUCCCACCUUUGUUUAUCUCACCCUCCAUCUCGACAAUCGGUUAUUUUCCACCCCCGAAAAAACAGCCUCAGCCGCACCCGAAACCUACCCCCUUCAUCAACACCAAAUGGGAUGUCCUUCGCAACAGCCCUCGACCCUGCGGAGCUGAGUUGGAGGGUGUUUAACACGCUCCACAGCAUCCUCUGAGGAUGGAUCACAUAUCCACGCUCUGUGCCCUCAGCACAGUAGGAAUAGCCACCUCCGGUCUGGCUCUCGGUCGUGUCGAACGUUCCAAGUCGAGCAUCUUCCGGCGAAAGACUUUCUCCUAUAACCAACCUCCUGCCACUCCUUCAGAACAAUCCACCCCGGUCAAUGCCCGACCCAAGACUUCACGAUUGGUUCGACCAACCACAGCCGGACCAGACUGGACACACUUCUCAGAAAAAGCCAUUGAGGGACAAGAUGGACCGGCUCAAGAUCCAUUGCAGGGCCCUGAUCUGCGCAGGGUAUCAAUGUCCUUUGGUGCUGCCAGACGUCGCCGUCGUGGACAAACACUAAGCAGUCCGCCCUUGCGAAUCCCCGAGGAUGAACCCGCCGAAUCGUUAACGUCGCAAGAAUCUCACUCACGUCGUCCCUCGACCAGUUGGAUGCGUCGGCUGUCAAUGGCGUCCUUCCAAACAGAGAGUCCGUCGACUAACAGCCCUGUCACACCGUCCUUUAAUGGCUCGGCGAGCCCAAUCCUUCCUCGUCCGACCAGCUCACGCCGCGCACCAAAUAAAUUAGUAAAGCGCACGUCUUCACAACAUUCUAAUGCUAAUCCCCUCUUCGUCAAUACCACGGUGUCCCCGGCAUCUGCCCUUCGCAGGCCCGCGACAAGCCACCAGCGAUCAGAGUCGAUGCGCUUGCAGUCGCCGCUCCCGAUGGACUUUGGAUCCCGCUUCUCGGGUAAUUACUCCAUGGAAUCCCCCACGGCCGAAGAGUUUGAAACACACCUGCAAACCGACUGGAUACCAUACCUGCUCCCAAAAUCGGAGGGCUUUUCGGAGAGACUGGCCCGAAGGAUAUCAACAACCGCAAGCCCCAAACCUCCGGGGGUGCGACGGAUUAUACCCGAGCAGGAUACACUUCCCGCUUUGGUACUGGCAACCACACUCACUUCUAGAACGUCUCUGCCACGAGAUGAUCAAUCGGUACCUGCCACUCCAGUGAUGUUCCGUAAUCCAUUCCAGACAGAACCGACAACUUCCGUUGCUUCUGCUGCCCCUCCGCCCUCUUCGACACAUGUGCCACAGGCGCCAGAAUCCCCGGCGCUAAUAUCACCACAACAGCCCGAGAAAUCGGCCCAUAAGCACUCAUUCUCAUUUGAUGUGGAGCCAAAGAAGAUCAUCGUUAACACAGUGACUGCUUCGGGUACUCCAAUUCCUGGACGUGCUCGUGCUGGGUCAUUGAAACGAGUCAAGGGCAGGACAUUCUCUAUCCCUCGAGCAGAGCUUGCGAAACUACACAGCGUAAUUCCAAGUCCCCCGCAGGCCCCUCAACGGCGUAAUAUCACAGACCCUUCUGUCUUCCGUCGCCCAUUCGCUCUUUCACCACCUGGCCUGGCAGUUUCGACGUUUGGUAGGGAUCAUCCUAUGGCUCCACGUUCGGUCUCCCAGGACUACACUAUCGGCAUGCGUGGUCAGCGUGCACUCACAUCUGAUGCUGUUGCUUUGUCUGCAUGGCAACAUUCUGGUCGCCCAGAUAGUUAUACCUUCUCUUCUCUCCGCCGUCAACCAAAACGCCAUUCCAUUGCGGCUUCGGAUCCCUCUUCUACCGUCAUAGGCUCUGAUGACACUCGUGUCUUCACAUCAGGUGACGAAUAUGAAACUGAUAUGAUGACCGAUUAUUGGGAUUCAGUUCGCACGAGAGAGACCAGUGGUGGUGGGUUGAAAGGAUUGCAGAUUGAGACAAUGUUCGACAAAGCGGGUUCCCGUCUGUCAAACGAGGAAGUCACCACUCUGGAGGACCUCCUCCCACGCGGUUCCUUCACAUCCCGGCUGGAACAGGAAACCCCUCUGUUCCCUGACUCUCUCGUUUCCUCAGUGGCUCAGGUCCGCCUCAAUGAAGACACCUGGAUCUCAGAGGGUGAUGAGGAGAAUGCAAGCAUGAUUGGCGCACUUCCUGGUGAGCCGAAUGGCGCUGCAGUGCAGUCUCCGCUCUCUGGUUCUUUGUCAAGAACAUCAGUAGCGCACGCCGCUUUCUCGUCCGCGAUUCCUGAGCCAGGUUCACCUGUGGCCGAGUCACACAUGAGUCAGAAAAUGAACAUUUUCGACUGGUCGGAACAGGCUCGCCCUGAUCGUGACGCAACGGAUACCGAGGCCCGCCCGCGGACGAUGCAUGGAAAGCAAAGUGGGGUUGCUAGAGGCAGCCGUGCAGCUUGUCGCAAAGUGCCCUCUGCUAUCCACCUUCGGAGUCAGAGUGUGCCGGUGGCAAGAGAACUCCCCGCGAAUGAAACUCGCCAGCCAUCUGGUAAAUUUGGCACGUGGGGUUUGGGGUCGAAGGGCGUGAGUGAGGACUGGGACAGCGACUUUGACUUUGACGACAGUGAAGAGCCCGCCGCGAGCAACGACACCAAGAGCUCCGAGCCCGAAGCUGCUCCUCAAAGCAUGAUGGUUCCCAAGGCGAUUCUCGAACGGCAGGCAAGCCUUCGAGGUCAAUUCGGACAGGUACAAGAGCUCACGCUGCUCGUGCAAGAACUGAAACGGCUUCGCCACCAGGCGAGUGUUUUGGAUCUUGUGACCGGUCCUUCGAGUGAACUGUGGAAAGAAGCAGAAGGGAUUGUCAAUCUGGCUACCAUUGAUGAUGACGAUGACCGCCGGUCUCCGCCUGGAUCGCCAUCCUCGCUCACUUUCAGCUUCGACGACUCGGAUGAUGAAGGUGUGAACAGUGCAUCCAAGCGCAACAGUGAUAACUCCUGGCAAGGAGGCCCCCAGCAGGGCAUCCAAAUCCAAUCCACGUCACCCAAGCAGCCCAAGGAGAAUCACCCAAGCAGCUCAUGGAACAGCAACACGCAAUCUGAAAACCGGCUCUUUACGUCUCCCCUUGGUCAUCUUUCCAAGAACUCUCCCAAAUCCAAAUCGGUCCUCGAUAUCCUACAACCUAGUCGCCGCACCGAGGAUUCUUCUCUGGCUCCACCUCCACGCACUCAAAAACUUCCCUUUGAUACCCAAUCACUUCGCGAUCUUGUUGUCCGGGCUGGGGUGGUCACACGCGCCUUGAAGGAAGUCAUCCGCAAGGCAGAAGGUGUUGACUCGAGCCCGCAAAAUGUGUUUCCCUCCGACCCUCCUUUCCGACGGAUAUUCGACCAACCUUCCCAUGACGACCUUGCAAGCUUCGAGGCUGCGUUCGGCUGAGAUGCAUUGAUCAGGCCGUCUGGUAGAUUGACCAAUACAACCUGCAAUGUUAUGCCCGAAACCCAUCCCUUGUCUUGUUCCCUCUCCUUCAUCUGUUCAAUUAUUAUGCUAGCAUGGAACUUCCUGCGAGACCCCCAUCAUACGAGUCUUUCCUUCUCACGUCAUUCAUUUCCCAUUCACUCCGACAGACUUUCUUUAAUUUUCUCCCCUCUAACUCUCCUCGGAGCGAAUGACUCCACCCUAUUUCAGUCAGGCGUCAAACCAAAAGCCAUUGCAUCUCUGUACAACUUUUCCUUCGUGUACAUUGCCAACCUCAUACUUCCUUUUUCUUUUCUUUCUGUUUUAUUCUCUAUCCGUGUGAAAACACACACGCCCGAAUUUGUACGAGCACAUCCUGGGGGGUCUACGUCUUUUUUUAUUUUUAUUUUUACUUUCUUUUCUCUGUUCUUCUCCAUGUUUCCAGUCCUCCUUCCAGCACUGUUCCCACUUUCCUUUUUCUUUCCCCGUUCGUCUCUGUUGCAUAUAUUUGCGCAGCUCAUAUUCUCAUAAUUGCGCUGUAAUAAUCGUGGAAGGGGGGCUCCGAGCUGUGAUGAUGUUUGCAAAGACCCCACCAGACGAAGAGCAAUGAGUUUCAAUGUCAUGCAUAUUAUUUUGUUUGCUGGGCCUUGGGCCUGGUGACCGGAGCCAUUAUUGAGUUGGUUUUGAGUAUUGUAUUUGAUUGAUAAGAUGUAGAAUACGCCUCGAAAUAAGAUUUUAUUCCUGAG